AUGUUCAACCCAAGGAACAUGACUGAACGAAAGAGGAAGCCCAAGUUUUCCAAGGAAGAACUGGACAUUCUGGUCACUGAGGUGACCCGAAAUGAAGCCAUGCUGUUUGGGAGGGAGACAAUGCGUCUAUCCCAUGCUGACAGGGACAAGAUCUGGGAAAGCAUAGCCAGGCAGAUCACAUCAGUCAGCCAGGUCCCCAGGUCUGUAAAAGACAUUAAACACAGAUGGGACGACAUGAAGAGAAGGACCAAGGACAAACUGGCACUCAUGCAGAGGUCCCUCUCCAGCCCUGGCAGCGCGGGGCAGCCCUCAGCCAUCGUCCUGACCGCCCACGAGAGAGCCAUUGAGUCGGCGCUGCAUUCGUCCCACCAGAGGCACGGCCACUGCAGAGCGGAUGUGGACGUGGUUGACAGCCUGACAACGAGCUCUGAUGAAGAUGAAGAGAUACCAGGCACUUCUCAGGAACACCACUUCUCUUCGCUGCCGAGGGCUGGUGCAGGUGUCAGUCCGUUCUCCAGGCCCUCCUUCCUUCGCUCCUCUUCCUCAUCAGAGCCCUCGGAAGCUGCCAGCCAAAGGCAGGACCUGUGCUGUCCAUCCCCACGCGCCACCUCGGCCUGCAGACCCCCGCACCCCCGCACAAGGAGCCCGCCCCUCGCCAGCUUUGACCGCCAGCUUCUCCAUUCCCAUGCACAGCAAACAGACCUGUUCAGGCAGUUCUGCCAGGAGCUGGUGGCCAUUCACAGGGACAUGGCACAUAGCAUGCAUGCUGUCAGCCAGAGCGUGGCUGACCUCACCAGCCAGGUCGGCCAGAUGUGUCAGACACUGACAGAAAUACGUGAUGGGGUCCGGGCUUUCCAGAGGAUACGAGAUCCUAGUGCCAUGCCAGGGUCCUGUCUGCAAGCAGCUUGCUCUAAACAGCCCCCCGAGCCCCAUGCAGAGUCUAACCAAAACUCUCUAAAACUGACUCCUGCACGGGCCACCAGGUCACGAAAAAGAAAACAUCAUUUUUAGUCUGUUUCACAUGAAGUAAAGAAGGAUGCCCCUUCCUGAGCUGAUGGAUGUUCACAUGGCUUCCUGUGUGUAUCAGUAUUCUGUGGAGAGGGACAACAGCUGACCCAACCCAUCCAUCCCCCCUGCUGGCUAACAGAGCAGUAUGAAUAUGACAGCUAAUUGUAGGACUGGCCCUCUGCAAUGGCAAAGAGGAAUCUCAGAUAUUGUAGAGCUUGGAAUGUAGGACAGCUUUGGGUUCAUAGAGAUUAAGAGUUUUCACUGUCUUCCCCAUGCUUUAAAUGCUGUAUAAACUAAGAGAUGCAAUAGAAAUCAUUAUCUGGAUAUCUUCCAUGCCUGUGAAAUAUUUUUUACUGAAACAGCAUGCUACAGAGAUCCCUUUGUAACCAACUCACAAAUUUAUCCUACUAUUGCAUUUCCAUUAUCUUCCUCAAUAUUAGUAUAUGCAGUAUGUGCAGAAAUAUACAGACUUACGGUGGUAAAAACUCUUAUUGAUCAUUGCUUUUAUCUUUCAUUCAGCAAUAGUGGGCUGUCUGGGGCUUACUGUGACUUACACACAGCUUUGGGAAGAGGAGUGUAAAAGCAGAGCUUGUGCAGGGAAGGGAAGAAGGCGUGAUUCUGAGGACAGAUCUGAGCACCAUGGAGUUUUAGACUGCUGAAAAGGGUUGCAAAGGCAUAGGCAUUUGCAAGGAUUCUGCAGUGCCACAUGCACUUGUGUUAAAGAGUUCAACUUUUGUUUGCUCCAGUCUGAAACCCCUACCUUUCACAAUUGCAGUUAAAAUACAAUUAUUUCACCAUAUGACAACAUUUAAAUAUAAUUGUAUCAUAUUAUUUUCUUGAAUGUUGACAAAUCUUCAGUUUUGAACAACCUCACUUCUUCAAAAUGUGGGAGACUGAACAGAAACCAGAAAAGACGUAGGGCCUGCUAUUUACAUCAAGCCAGUUUGGUUUUAUUUUACUGUAAUUCUGUCAGCUUCAGUACAGUUACUUUGCACUUAGUUUUAUUUAGGGUGGGAUCUGUACUGUGUUUUCCAGUCAUGAAGAGUUUACAGUCUAAAUUCACAGCUGCAUAGGUUAAAAUCUUAAACAUGUUGAUUUUAUACUGCUUUUUUCCCCCAUAUACAUGCAAGAAAGAACUGUGUUACAACAUUUGAAUUGCUCUAGAGCUGUGUGAGGUUCCCAUGUAAAACACUGAUUCUGGAACUAGGCUUUAAUAGUGUCACUUCAGGUGGUGAUCAUGCAUGUGGUAGCUCUUUUAUAAUAUGUCUGUUUUCUCCUUAAUUUUCACCUCUGCAUCUAGCAUGCUGCCCCCAUGUCUGGAAAAACCCAGACCAUUAUCCUGAUAAGCUUCAGCAGGGAAAAGGGUCAAGGUGUUAAACACACAGCACACUGUGCUGUCCAGGCUCUUGUACUGUAUUUGGAGGUUGGUUGCAGGACGCUAUUCCAGUUAACAUGAGUGUGCAUCAUCAUGCCAUGGCUGGGCUACAGACUUGGCAAAAAAGUUACAGUUCUGUGGAAUUGAACAUAGGCAGCGCAGUGUAGCAGAAGGAUGGCUUGUUUUGUGUGGUCUUCAAGGGUCAUCUUUAGCCUGUCUGGCCUCCUUUCAAAGUAUAGUGCACUAGCUUCUUUCCUGAAAAGUCCAUUGUAUAUCUGCUGUGUCAGGCAUUCAUGACAUGCUUUUCCUUUUUUUUUUUUAAGAUGUUCCGCAAUUCUAAUUCAAGUAAUUUCUUUUUAGUGGUGCAAUAAAAGAUUGCUCAAGGAAAUAGUGGUCUGGCAAGGAAAAAAAGCCUCAUUCCUGAGGAAUGACCCAACUGGUUUCAUGCAGAGGACAUUCCCUUUAGUGCUGGUGCCAGACCAGGGCAGAACUUGUUCACCUUCCACUGAGGAUGUCCUUUUACUUAUUUUGAAACAUUUGUACUUUGCAAAAGUCAUAGCCUCUCUUCAGAUGAAGGGCAGGUUGGGAAAUCUGACAGAAGUGGAUCUAAUUUAUGAAUCAGAGAGAGCUGAGAGGGUGAUAUGUUUUAAAGGCUUUCUGAGUCAAUAUAGUGCUGCUGCUAUAUAUUAAUAUUAGUAUUUUAUAUUUUUAUAAUAUUUGGUCCUUACUGAUGCUCUCCCAUGGGUAUAGCGGUAAGAUUAGCUCCUUUGAUGUUGUCCAGGGGGAUCCCUUCUGGGAACCCUCAGGUCUGCAAAGGAGUAGACUCCUGCAGGUGCUGGGCGCUGGAGGGAGUUAACAGUAUUGCUGCCAUCAGUUUGACCACACAGAUGUAUUUACAGAGAGCAUCCUGCUGCAGGAUGCACAGCCCUGAAUGCAAAUCCCCAAAGGCUGGGUACUGGUCAGGAGAAAGGACUUUUUACUAUAAACUGCCUGAUGU